AUGCGUGUCUAUGGAGUCAUGGACUUUAUUAUGGGCUUGCCGAAAGCUCAAGGGAGAGACAGCAUUUAUGUGGCAGUAGAUCAGUUGACUAAGUAUGCACAUUUCUUUCCGAUCACAACUACUUAUUCAGUUGCACAGGUGGCAGCUCUUUUCUUUCGUGAGACUGAGAUUGUCAGUAAAUGGGUGGAGGCAUACCUACAGAACUACAUUUCUAGGCAGCAGAAGGCUUGGGUGAGGUGGCUGCUUCUUUGUGAGUAUUGUUAUAAUUCCACUCACCACAUGACUAUCCAGAUGACACCUUUCAGAGCUUUGUAUGGCUAUGAUGCUCCUAUUUUUCUGGAUUUAUUGAUGAGCGAUUGCAGAGUACCAAGUGUUGACGCUUGUUACAGGAGAACCAGGAUAUCAUUAGAGCUCUUCAUAAGAACAUUAAAAAAGGCUAAGAAUCAACAAAAGCAAUAUGCUGAUCAGAGGAGGGUUGAGCGAUCUUUUGAGAUUGAGGACAUGGUGAUUAUCAAGCGAGUUGGCGAGGUGGAUUAUGAGUUAGAUUUACCAGUAGAUAGUAAGGUUCAUAAUGUGUUCCAUGUUUCUCACCUCAAGAAGGCAUUGGGACAACAUAUAGCUCCUUCUUCAAACUUACCACCCUUGGAUGAUGAGGGGAAGUUGAUUUUAGUACCUGAGCUCGUCAUAGAGACUAGAGAGCGUCAUCUUCGAAGGCGGGUCAUUAGGGAAAUUUUGGUUAAGUGGAGAGAUAUGCCGAUAGAGGAUGCUACUUGA